AAUUCGUUUUUCAUCUCAAAUUCAUCCUUGGAAACCAUGGUCAACAACUUCUCCGAUGCGGACACAGAGGUCUUCUGGGACGUGACUGACUUCCCUAUCCGUACCGAUCGCUCUUAUCUCGAGACUCUCAGAUCAGUUCUUGUCAGCAAUGGUUAUACUGGUGAGCUAAAAAUCAGGGCUUAUGGUGAGAAGAAACCGGACAAUCUGGGUGAUGGAGUCACCUUCCUACUUAAAACGGAGAAAUUUUCGAGACUUAAUAGGAUGUUAGUGGACAUUGGUCUAUGGGAAUUGGACACAACUCGCUUGUCUGCUUGUACCCCAAAAAAUGUGAUGGUAAUCGCAGAAAACAUAGACGAAGAUACAGACUUUGUCUACGUUUCUAGGAAUUUGAGAUCACCUGCUAAUAAUUGUCUCUGGGUACUGGCUGAUGAUUACGAAAAGGAGAAAAUAAAGCGUGUGAAGCUUCCUAGUGCAAGCUUUAUAUGGAUAUGGAAAGAUCUACUGGCUGGAAAAAAGCCCAUGUCCUCAGAGAAGUUAUCUUCAUUGCGUUGCAAAGCUCCCUUUGAGCGCGCCUGGGCUGAGAUUUGAUUCCAAGAAUAAUAAUGUAUCUGAACUUAAAUGUUUGAUUCCAAGAAUAAUGUGUAUCUUUAAUAUUUUUGUGUAAUAAUCUCUCAUCUGCAACAACUAUGUGGGUUCAAUUUGAUGAUUUUGCAGUUGCAACCUUUUUUUUCCCAUUUUCUGCUUGUGUAAUUUCAUAGAGCCAGAUACUUUUUUCUGCUCCCAUUAAUUGAAGAAUUUAUAACUGUUAAAUCAAAACAAACGAGUGCGUAAAUGGCAAGUUUAAAGACGAUCUACAACAAAUAUAGCUCACAGAUUAUAUUAUGUAACAUAUGAUUUAUGCCAAAGAUGUUGGUAUAUGAUUAAAGCAUUAGGAGCUUCUGGAAGCAAAUCAUUUCAACACAAAACCAUAGAGUUUACGCAAAAGCAAGAAGACAGCGUUAGAAGCACAACAGCUACAAGAACACAGCGUUAGAAAAGCACAACAACAAACCAAAUUUUGAUAUAAACAAAAGUAUUUAUCAUGCUGCUAACUAGUUCUGAAGAAGUUUCCUAGCAGAACCAGCAGCAUGAGUUUCACUUGCACGUUUCACACCUGGUCCGGAAUCAUCAUCAUCAUCAUCAUCAUCAUCAUCAUCAUCAUCAUCAGUAGGAUAUGCAGAAGAAAGGUCGAUGGAUCUGUUUCCAGAACAUAAGUCUGACCAAUACCAAGCUAAAAUUGGCUCAGGAUAAUCAAAAUUUUCUGGUGAGCAACCCUCAGGAACUACUGUGAAAACAUUAUGAUCUCUAACAAUCAUUUCGUCAAGAAAACUGAUCAGGUUAAUGUUAUCUUCCCCUGGCAUAGCCUUUGCAAUCACCAACAAAUUUUUUUUGCCUCCAUACUGUUGACGUUUGUGAACCCAGUUAAGCAUGCGAUGUAUCAAACGAUAAAACCUUGAACGUUUACCGACAACUUUAGCUGGAGUGAAGGACAUGGACUCGAGAUAUCGACCAUAAUCAAAGGAAUCCGAACUAC